AUGGACAACAACAACAACAUCAACGAUAACGCUGAAGACGCACAAAAUAUUGAUAAUGUGAACAACAUUAAUGAGAUCAUCAAUAGAAACGGUGAUGGCGGAUGUGAAGAGGAUGACAUCAUUCAAAACAGUUACCUUGCGCAAAAUUAUGACCCUCAGUUUUUCAUUAGGAAUCCUGCCAGUUUCGAUUGCAUCAGGAAGGCAACGAUUAAAAAAUUUAAGAAGUACAAGGUCAAUACGAGUAAAGCAGGACUCUUCAUGCAAGUGAUGUUGAAGCGAACAGCAAGAAAGUGCAACAGUUGGGUCAUGUAUUACGACAUUGCGGUUGAUCCUACCUUGAUACCGGUAGACCAACCUACCACAAAAAAGUCGUCUCGUCAACGAACACGCUCACUCGAUAGUGUAGAAGUUGAUGUGCAAGCUGCAAGGAAGUUUCAUAAAAGAUCGUUUUUAAAAAGAUCAUCUUCAUUUGUUAAUCGCUCUUAA